AGAGUCGGCCAUUGUUGUUACUGGGCAACACCAACACAGCACAAAAAUGGACACUGUGUUGGAUCCAUUCACAGGCUUAGAUUCAUUCUCCUCCCCUUACUUCGACGACGAUGACUUCUUCACAGACCAGUCGUCGAGGGACCACUUGGACACAGAUGAGUUUUUGGAUGAGGAUGUCGACUUUCUCACAAAUCAAAUCCAAGAAUAUUAUAAGGACAAUCGAAUAUCACAGGAUGGAGAUUAUUGUGAUGUUGGCAACUUCUCUUUUUCUUCUUCGUCUUCGACUUUCUCAUACGGAUGCGCUGACAGCACCUCGGAGCUGUCCCCUCACAGAGGAGACGGUCCUUUAUUAAAGAGGCGAAGGCGCAUGAGAUCCGAAGGAGAGAUGCAACAGUUGCGUCAAGCUGCCAACGUCCGGGAGCGACGGAGAAUGCAAUCCAUUAACGAUGCUUUCGAGGGACUAAGAUCUCACAUCCCUACUUUACCAUACGAGAAAAGACUCUCAAAAGUUGACACUUUACGACUUGCAAUAGGCUAUAUAAAUUUCCUUGCAGAACUUGUGCAGUCUGACAUGCCGAUCCGGAACUCAAAUAGUGACUCUAUAAACCAACCUAAAAAAGUAAUCAUUUGCCACAGAGGAACAAGAUCCCCAUCUCCAGAUGAUCCUGACUACGGGUUGCCUCCUCUCGCGGGCCACUCUCUUUCAUGGACUGAUGAGAAGCAGCUAAAAGAUCAGAACAUCAUUAGAACAGCGAAAGUAUGGACACCAGAGGACCCAAGAAAGUUGCACUUGAAAUCAUCUAUAAACAACAUUGAGAAUGAACCCCCCUUUAAUUUAAUUUCAUAAGGCAGUGCCAUUAUUGUAACUACUGUAUACACGUUGUGUACAACAACAAAAAAAAUUUUUGUAACAUAUUAUUAUCGUGACUAUCUGUAUUUCAGAUCCUCAGUCUGAAUUG